ACUGCACAACCCGCUCACUCAUGUGCGCAAACCUCUGCCGCUGUUUCUGAGGCAGACCGCAACUGGAACCGCGCCAACGCAACAGGUCUGUGGAAAAUGAGCAGUGGCCUUUGAAGGUUUUGCCAUCGCCGGUCCACACCAUCUCUUCAGCCAUGAUGUCCAAGUCCGCCCUCCUCAAAGUCAUUCUUCUGGGGGACGGCGGCGUGGGCAAGUCCUCCCUCAUGAACCGCUACGUGACCAACAAGUUCGACUCGCACCUGUUCCACACCAUCGGAGUGGAGUUCCUCAACAAGGAGCUGGAGGUGGACGGGAAUGUGGUGACUCUGCAGAUAUGGGACACGGCGGGACAGGAGCGCUUCAGGAGCCUGCGGACCCCGUUCUACCGAGGGUCUGACUGCUGCCUGCUCACCUUCAGCGUAGAUGAUGGACAAAGCUUUAGUAACUUGGCCAACUGGAAAAAAGAGUUUGUUUACUACGCGGAUGUGAAAGAUCCAGAUACUUUUCCCUUUGUGGUUUUGGGGAAUAAGCUGGACGUCCCGGAGAGGCAGGUGUCCGUGGAGGAUGCGAGGAAGUGGUGUAAAGAGAAUGGAGGACAUCCGUACUUUGAGACAAGCGCAAAGGAUUCUACUAAUGUGUCUUCUGCUUUCGAGGAGGCCGUGAGGAGAGUGUUAGCGCUGGACGACAAAGCAGAACAUCUGAUUCAGACCAACACGGUGGACAUUCAGAAGAAAAGCCACCCCGACCAGCAGUGUUGUUAAAACUCACUGCUCAGAGUCACAGAACUGUUGGAAAUGUUAUGUGGAUUUUUUAAUUAUGACAAAAGAAAAGAAACAGAAAGAAAUGGUAAAGAAAAUGUUUGGACAGUUUCACAAAAUAA